AUUUAUAUAAUUUUAGAAUAUAUUAAUUGAUAUUAUUAUUUGAAUAAAUUUUAGAUAUCAACCAUUAGUUUAAGGUAAAAUAUGAACAGUGAUAAAUUAUAUUUUUAUUAGCAUGGAGAUGGAGUUUCCACAGCAUGAUACAACUGUAUCAUAAAGAAGACAGAAAAACUACUGACAAUUUUAGUCCUAAAGAAACUACACCAAAGACUAAUGGUUUAAAAAUAAAUGCACUCAUGGGUGAAAGACUUUUGGCUCUUUUGGAAAAGGUGCCAUCUGAAAGCCAAUUUUAUCUACAAUCAAUGGCAGAAGGCUUGGAAAUAUCAAGAUUGUAUCAUACUUUGAUGGAGCAAUCAAAGGAUCAAAAUACUAUAGAAUUUUCACCAACAAAUUCAACAGAAACAACUUUAAAUCAAACAUUAAAUAAAUUUUAUCUUAAAUUGAAAAUGUAA